GGGGUUCGGACGAACCCCCUCUAGGCGCUAGGUAAUGGCGGAAUUCGAAUUAGGCAAUGCCGCAUGAGCGCAACUACACAGCACCAUUACAUAUGGGGACAGCAGAAGACACAACGAGACUCCCGAUUUUGGAUACAUUGAAAUUAUCUGUAAAAAAUAAUAUAAAUCUAUAAAGUAGUACAGCACUUAACUUUUCGGCGCGCCUAUUACUGGAUCUACAAAGCCGAGAUGAAGUUUAUGUAACUCAUGCGCUUGCACGGUGUUGAUUACGGUUCUCCGAGGACAAGCUAAAAUGGCGCAUCAACAGAGCAUUGCAGCGUUCUUCCGUGCGGCUCAUAAAAGGCCAUCAAGCGAAGCUGGUCGACUCGAUGCGGGCGGUGAGCAACAUAAUGAUCGUGAGGACUGCCAGCCACCGAACCGACGGCCACGGCUUUGCUCUGUGUUGACUGAGGAAAGCAACAGCCACCCGACGUCAAAUCUAGACACUCAGGUCCAAGACACGGUGAGGGAGAAUGCCACGACGUGCACGGAUUUCGUUGGUCGCCCAUUUGACGUAGGUCUCACUAUCAAGAUUGGAAUGUCAGUCAAAGAAGUGUCCACAGCCGUUUCAGCGCUUUCCGGAGAACUUGCAAGUCAGGUGCCUAACAUCGAGCGCCUUGGAGUUGGCUACGACAUCUACAUUGGGAAUCCGGACAAUGCCAGUCCUGCGGGACAACUCGAUCCCGGAUACAAGCUGACUCCUGUCAUCGACCUCGUCUACAAGGCAGCAACACCAUCGUCAGUAACGGUCGAGAACCUCAUGGUUACGCACUACUCACAAUGUCAACUAGCACCUGAUGUGAAGUCCAUUCACGAUGUUGAUGAGUAUCGCUACUUCCUGGAUAGUCUAGCAGUUGCCAGCAGCAGUAGCAAGAAUUUCGGUGCAAGGUUUAAUGCCAGCUCCAACUACGAAAUGGUAGCCGCUCUCACUAAUAACUAUGACCAGCAAUUUUACCACAUUUCAACUAGUUGCCCAAGCUACACUGCGUAUUUCCCAUCAAACACACCCCUACAGUUGUCUGACGUAUUCAAAAGCUACGUGAAUACUCUAGACAAGUCGAAUGUCGACGACUUCGUUAGAAAAUUUGGGACGCAUUUCGUGAAGAAUGUCACAAUGGGUGGACGCUACGCCGCCCGGGAUGUCUUCAAACCAUCAGACGUUGUUGAUUUCGUUUUCAACGACUACGACAUGCAUGAAAUCGCCACUCUUUCUUUUGAACAAGGGAUGAAGGCUAGAGGCGCGAGUACUGUGUCGAGCAAGGAGGUCACCUUAUAUCAGAGCGAACGAACUUUAAAUGUAACAUACUAUCUUGGAGAAAAGCCAAGACUGGUAAACGAACAUUUCGACCCACAAGAGUGGUUCAAAUCAGUCCAACAGAAUCCACAGCCUAUCAUGUACGAACUGGAACCACUGACGUCAUUGUUAAACGCAGGCAAUUUUCCCCAUGAUUCACUUAUCACAACAAAGGAAGCUAGAGUUGCCAAUGCCAUAAACAAUUACUGUAUUAAGCUGAAUCUCAAAUACUGUAGUACUACAGUCCCACCAGGGCCUUUACCGACACGUCUACUAGCUGAGAAACAGAAGAAGAAAACUUCACCACUAGGAAACCCUUACGUCCACCUUUAUUGGGAGCCUCAGCAAAUGACUAAAGCUUACAGGGGCAUUGCUACAAUGUUUAUAUGCGGUGAUAAUAACAAGGAGACAUUCGAUAGUGUAGCGGGUGACCUAAUUUUGAUCAACAUUUUUGAUGAUACGCAUACCACUGAUCUAGUACACGACCUCAUCAGACCAGCAAACUGGACGCUUCUACGCAAUAAUUCGGAGGGCGCCUGGUACCGUCCAGUGUGUGAUGAUGGCUUUUUCAGUGUUGGAGAUUGGCUUGCGACCUGCCCGGCCAACAAAUGCAGUCCAACACCAUCAAAUAGCGAUCAUAGUUUACCUUGUAUUGCUGAAAGGUGUUUGAAGCAAUGUAAACCUACACCCUGCAGUAGAUAUCCAGAAGAAAUAAUGAUCUCUGACGGAAUUAGACAAUUUGGAGCUGAUGGUGAUCAUGCCAAAACUUCAUUCUUUCGUCUGCAGACUCAAGGUCAGAAUGUUGAAGAUGAACGCCUCUACAAAUGUCUCACAACUACUUGCUUUGAGAAUUACUAGAGACUGGACUAGCGACUGCUCGUUGUAGUCUCAAUUUGCGCAAUAGCGCAGUACAGCCGCUGAGCGUUUUCGUUAGCUUGCUUGUGCAACGUAGGAGUCUUUUUUAUUAGUCUGUUUGCUGCCAUUCUCUAGCUAGACACUGUUAAUGCAAUUUCAAG